AUGCCCUCAGCCUCUGCCGGCACCACCACCGAAAUGACUCUUCCAAAUCAUAGCCGUGUGAAGCUGGACGACCACAUGGAGCUGCUCAACUGCCCGGUGUAUGUCUUCGACAAAAUCGACAGCUUCUUUGUCGAUUCAAGGAUCACAUCGCGCAACUGCAGCCACGAAGCAAUAGCGAACCUCAAAACGGCCUACCCGGGUCCGUUUCCUGAUCUACCACAUAUCGCAGCAUCAGCGGACAGCCCACCACCCUGUAACGAGCACUUGACCGAAGACCAACAAACAUAUUUUCUCCGCCUAUUUUGGGAAGCCUAUCACCCACUUUUGCAGACUUCGGACGAAGCCGAAUUUCAAUCCCUAUUGCAUCUGGAUGGGCGACAAGCCUUCGAGGUUGGAAAAUUGACCAAGGCGUUGGCAAAUUGUAUGACGGCGUUAGGAAUCCAAUACGGCCAUGGGGCUGGCCUGACUUCACGCAUCCUGAGUAUGCGCCGUUGUGCAGUCAACAUCUCAUGGAUAGGGUACGAAUAUUUCCGUCGCUGUCGGGAUUAUAUUGCGCUCCUGACUGAGCCCACGCUCUUAUCGAUGCAAUGUUACGCCCUGAUGUCUCUAUAUCUCAUGAACGCAAGUCAUUUCAGAGAGGCUUACAGCCUGCUCGGCACCGCCAUUCGUCACAGCCAUAGUGUCAAUCUCCACGAGGAACCUAGCGAGCGUCUUCAGCCAAAAGAGAGGACAGCUCAGAGGCGGAUUUGGUGGUUACUCUUUAUGCUCGAUAUAAAAUGUUCCCAGCAGCUUGGGAAGCCAGUCGCUGUACAAACCGCUACGAUUACAUGCGCUUUGCCGUCAGCCGAUGAACUAAUCACGAUACCGGGAAACACGAGCGUUUGUUGGAAGAGUCUACACGUCUCGACUUAUUUCGUGCAUGCCGUGAAGCUCGCAGUGUCUCUUGCGGAGAUGGAUCGACUCAUUUCCACCUCGAAGUUAUACGAGGAUGCCAACAACAUCACCGUGCUAGAACAACGAGCGAACUUGGUAGCCACAUCGCUCGCGUGUCUAGAAAAAUGGAGCAAUGAACUACCAGAUGACCUCCUUAGCCCCAGGAAAAACACAGGGUACACGGAAUCCAUGUCCACAGCAGAGAGUCCGAUCGUGUUGGAGCUUGGAGCUCCCAGCUGGCUCCACCAUCAACGGGUUCUACUUGAAGUAAACUAUCAUAAUGCAUAUAUCAUGCUCCAGCGGCCAUUCAUCUGCUUCCCUCAACCUUGCAACUCCUCUCCAAUCCAACAACCACAAACAGAUCGCCACGCACGCAGCUCGCUCCAGCACGCCAUAACAAUGACAAUCAUCGUCCACGACCUCUGUUCUUCAUCCGAUGUCUUUUUUGGCUCGCCUGCAAUCCUUCACCCAUUAUGGAAUGCCACCGUGACAAUCCUUGGAUUUAUUAUAGCGAACCCGUUCUCUUCACGAUCCCGCAGGCCAAUACAGUGGAUUUUCAAAGCCUUGGCUGUAUUCGAGGCCUUUGCAGCUACCGAACCAUUCGCUGCCCGAGCAGAGAAUAUCACACGAUCCCUUGUCGCUAGACUAAACGACAUGCUCAACAGCCUGGAUGACAAGUCAGAGCAAAGGAGCCACAGCAGAACGUCCCUGGGAAUGACACUGGAGCCAUCUCCCGCUACAACGUCAACUACGCCCUCCACGGACCCCGUUGAUGUACUGAUGGGGUCUCUCGACGGAGGGCUGGAGCCCCCCUUUGAUAAUUCAUUUUUCACGGAUAACAACCUUUGCUCGUCAAUUGGAGCCGUUGAAAUCAACACAUGGGCGGCCUAUCAAGAUCAUCUUGAUAUAUGGAAUGGCAGCCAUUCAGAUGGAGCCCUUGACGCAAUGCAUGUAUUGGAUUAA